GUAUCGAAUCUGUAGACUCUAUAGUUCGGUAUUGACAGUCGAGAAUGAGAGUUGGGUAUCGAUAGCGUUGUGUAUAGUGCUAAAAAUGAAUUCGAUCAGAGUGUUCGUGAGAAACAUGAGCAACGUGAGGAAAUGGGAGCCUCUGAAGCGAGUGGGCAUCGUCGGGGUGCCCUUUGAGAAGGGGCAGAAAAAGUAUGGAGUUAGCGUCGCACCGGCUGCCAUGAGAGCUGCAGGGCUCAUUGAACAGCUUAAAGAAAUCGGUGGCUUAGACGUAAAGGACUAUGGGGACAUCGACAUCAGCUCCUGUGUGGAGACCGUAGCCGUGGACAACAUGGCGCACUUGCCUCUGGUGUCUGAGUGCAACAGGAAGCUCUCCAGUAAAGUCUCUGAGGUCCUGAAGGAUGAACGGGUAGCCAUCACCAUCGGCGGAGAUCACUCUAUUGGAGUUGGAACGGUGGACGGCCACUACAACGUGAACGAAGACAUGAUCCUCAUCUGGGUGGACGCGCACGCAGACAUCAACACCAACAAGACCUCGGACUCGGGCUCCGUGCACGGGAUGCCGGUGGCGCUGCUGGUCAAGGAGCUGUCGGACUACUGGCCGUAUCUGCCUACCAUGGACUGGCAGGUACCCAAAUUUUCCAUAAAAAAUCUUGGAUACGUGGGUUUGCGGUCCGUAGACACAUACGAGAGGUUGGCUAUAGAAAAAUACGAAGUACCAGCAUUCGCAAUGGAAGACAUUGAACAACACGGCAUACAAAAGUCCAUACACCACAUUCUCCAAGUGCUGGAUCCGGACAUGAAUAAGCCCAUUCAUGUAAGCUUCGAUAUAGACUCCUUGGAUGCUUUGGAAGCACCUAGUACAGGCACACCAGUUCGUGGUGGACUGACGCUCCGCGAGGCUAUAUCCCUAAUGGAGAUCAUCCACUCAACGGGGCGUCUCCGUGCCGUGGACUUGGUAGAAAUCAACCCAGCGCUGGGCAACGACUCCGAUCGUCGGAAGACGCUGGAAGCCGGCCUUUGCGUUCUGAAGGCAGCUCUAGGCUUUUCAAGAAGGGGAACCGCGCCUAGAGGCAUCCUGGACCUACCUGUACAGACUUAUCAUAAUCAAGAAACUGCUAAAGCGCAACAGUAGUGCGGUUUGAAAACGAGAAAAACGAUUUAGAUGUUUUGUAAAUAGUUUCGCAUAAGCCUGGAUGGAUCUAAAUAUUUAAAGGGUCAAUAGCAGCCUUUUAGCCUUUUUUUAUACUUGAUUUUGAAUUGAGUUUCAUUUCAGUACUAUAUUAUGCUUAUUAACAGUAUGAUGGACUAAAUUACUUAGCUGCUAAAAAAGGCCAAAAUUGAUAUCAGCUUCCUGGAAUAUUUUUACUUCUUCUUAAUUAAAUCUGAUAUCUACCGAUUUUAGGUAAUUUCACUUGGAGACGCCCAACUUUAAGUCUACCUAUUAACUUAAUCAAUCAUAAUUAUCGCCUAUUUCAAAGUAAAGUUUUAGAGUCAGUUACAAAGUUAUAAUUAUGAUUAAAUGAAAGUACCUAGUCAGCUCCAGUUUCAGGAGCGAAAAUAAAAAUUUUGGUAGUUACGCUCAGCUGAUUGAAUAAAACCGAUUGAUUGAAUAAAAUCCGAUCGCAUUAA